AUGUACCUGAGCGUGGGAAACCUGUGUUACAGAAUGAAGGAGGAAGUAAUUUGGCAAAUAAACGACGUCGAAUCGAUUAGAACGCCGGAAGCGCCGGUGGAAGUGAGAUCGCCGGUGGCAGAAUGGAUCUCACGCCGGCGUACACGCGAAGGAAAGCAGAAAACGCUGCCGUUUCAGAAUGUCCCAGGAACUAUCUAUUACGAACUUGGGAGGAGGAUUCGGAUCCAGAAUAAUGAUGUAAUAUUUUGA